UAGGUGCAUUAUCAUUUUUAAUGUGCCAAAUCUCUUUCAAUAACUAAAAUGCCAUCUUGCUUUAAUGUUAAGACUUGUGGAGUCUAACAUUAAAGUGUUACAGAUGUUAUGUUGGAUUAAUGUUAGCCAUCUUGUGGAGUCAUGUUAUAGAUGUUAUAUUGAAUUUUUCUGUUUAAAGUGUGUGUGUAUAUAUAUAUAUAUAUUUUUUUGAAUAAUAAUUUUAUUGAGAUGGUAUAUUAGCUAUAAUGUCAUUUUGCUUCUUCUUCUUCUUUUUUUUUUUAUAUUUAUUUUUAGGCCCAUAUAAGUUAAAGUCGUGUGGGACCUAAUUUAAUGAUAUAUAUUGGUUGCAGCAUCCAUUAGACGUGUGCAAACAUACAAUUUCAUAGCUUUAAUUACUUGAUAUCUCAAGAUUUGAAGACUCUCUUUCCAUAGCUACUCUCCUCUUCCUGAAUUCUCACUUUCAAAACAUAUACAGACACAACUUCUUUAUUUGUUGAUUGUCAUAUAAGCCUGAAAACAAACAGAGAAUUCGGAAUCCACUUAGCAACUUAAAGAACAAGAAAAUGGCUGAAAUGGUGGUUGGAGCACUUCUCUCGGCUUCCUUUGACGUGCUGUUUGAUCGUCUGGCUUCUCCGGAGUUCAUAAGCUUCUUUUCCAAACAAAAAUUUGAUGAUGGACUCAUAGGCAAUAUGAAGACAAAGUUACUGGCCCUUCAAGUAGUGUUGGAUGAUGCCGAGGACAAGCAGAUUACCAACCCGGCAGUGAAAGCUUGGCUGGACGAGCUUCAACAUGUUGUCUACCAAGCUGACGACUUACUGGACGAGAUAGCUACCAAGGCCUUGAGGCACAAGUUGGAAGCUGAUGAUCAUCAUCCUCCCCAAACCCAAAGCAGCACAAGUAUUGUUCGUCGAUUUCUCCAUCUAAUGAAGCAAUUUCUGUUACGAAUUAAUUGUUUUGUCUCGACUCCUGCUUAUCAUUCUGAUAAUGCUAUAGAGUCGAUGAUGAAAGAGGUCAUCAGUAAGUUGGACGAGUUCAUCAACCAAAAAAAUUCUCUUCAUUUGAUGGAGAAUGUUGGAAGACAAGGAACUUCCCACUUACCAAACAACAGAGAAGAAACUUCCCUGGUAAAUGAGUCUCAGAUUUAUGGGAGGAACAAAGACAAAGAGGAUAUAAUGAAAUUGUUGACCGACGAUAUUGCAACUGGGAAUCAGAUUCCUGUGAUCUCCAUUGUUGGAAUGGGUGGCUUGGGAAAGACAACCCUUGCUCAACAUAUAUACAAUGACACUGAAGUAAAGGACAAAUUUCAUUUGAAAGCAUGGGUUUGCGUUUCCGAUGCAUUUGAUAGUUACAAGAUAACAAAGAAAAUUUUGGACGAUGUUAACGGAACAAACAAGGACAUCGACAACCUUGACCAGCUUCAAAUCAAGUUGAAAGAGAGCCUCACUGGCAAAAAAUUUCUUAUUGUUUUAGACGAUGUUUGGAACGAUGAUUAUAAUGUCUGGGACCGCUUAAGAAAACCUUUCAUUGGUGGAGCACAGGGAAGUAGGAUUAUGAUAACAACACGCAGUGAAAAGGUUGCAUCAGUAAUGGGCGCCAUUCCUAGUCAUCACUUGGAGCCACUGUUGGUUGACGAUUCUUGGUCAUUAUUUGCAAGGCAUGCAUUUGUGAAUGGAGAUCAUAGGCCUAAUUCAGAGCUAGUGAAAAUUGGAAGAGAAAUUGUGAAGAAGUGUGGAGGCCUGCCUUUAGCUGUAAAAUCACUUGGGGGUCUCUUGAGGUCCAAUCAGGAUAUUGAGUACUGGAAAAAAAUACUGGAAAGCAAGAUAUGGGGUUUGAAGGAGAAAAACGUUAUUCCAGCUCUAAGAUUGAGCUAUCAGUAUCUUCCUUCGUAUUUAAAGCGAUGCUUUGCAUAUUGUUCGAAAUUUCCUAAAGAUUACGUAUUUAAGAAGGAGAAAUUAGUCCGGUUAUGGAUAGCCGAAGAUCUUGUGCCGCAGCAGCCCGAAAGCAAAAAUUCAAUGGAAGAAGGUAAUGACUACUUUCAUGAACUACUAUCAAGGUCAUUCUUUCAGAGAUUAAGUGACAGUCCUUCCUAUUUUGUAAUGCAUGACCUACUCAAUGAUUUAGCUCAAGAUAUAUCUGGGAAGUUCUGUGUUAGGUUGGAUGAUGACAAACCACUUCAUAAUAUAUGUGAAAAAGUUCGCCAUUUCUCAUAUCUUCAGUGCCAAUUUGAUGCAUUUGAGAAAUUCAAGGUUAUUAAUGAGGUUAAGUGUUUACGGAGUUUCAUAUCAUUUCGAAGUGAAGGACGGUCUUUUUUCUUGGGCAGUAAGGUCCUACAUGAUAUGUUACCAAGUUUGAGAUGCUUAAGGGUGUUAUCUUUGUCAAGAUAUAAGAUUCAUGAACUGCCUCAAUCGAUUGAAAAUUUGAUACAUUUACGCUAUUUGGAUCUCUCUCGGACUCUACUCAAACGAUUACCUGGUACAGUAACAACGUUGUGCAACUUACAGACAUUAGAUUUGUCAUUUUGUGGGGAUCUUAUUGAGUUGCCUGUCAACAUAGGAAAACUAGUAAAGUUGCGCUAUCUUGAUAUCCGAAAAACUAGAUUGACUGGGAUGCCAACUCAAAUGAGCAUAUUGAAAGAUCUCCAACAUCUAACAGAUUUUGUUGUUGCCAAGGAUGGUUGGUCAAGAUUUAGUGGGUUGAAGGAACUCGGUCAACUUCGGGGGCAACUCUGCAUUUCAGAGCUUCAAAACGUAACCAGUGGUCCGGAGGCAUCAGAGGCUAAUCUGAAAGGAAAGAAGCAUCUUGAAGGGUUAGAGCUGAAAUGGGUCAGCCAUACUCACAAUUUACAAAAUGAAGAACUUAUACUCGACAACCUACAUCCUCAUGCGGGAGUGAAGCAUCUCCGUAUCAUUAACUAUGGGGGCACAAGAUUUUCAAAUUGGUUAGAGAAAGGUAAUUCGUUUGGUGACAUGGUGUCCUUGGAUCUUAUAGGCUGUGAAAAUUGCUCUUCUUUGCCAUCAAUUGGGCAGUUACCCUCUCUAAAAUAUCUAAGAAUUGAAAGGAUGAAUGCAAUAAGGAAGGUCGGUGGGGAGUUCUAUGGGAAUGCUUCUUCUUCGAACAAACCGUUUAAAUCUUUGGAGACACUAUUGUUUGAUGGAAUGGCAGAGUGGAAGGAAUGGGAUGCAUCAGGGAUUGAAGAGUUCUCUAGCCUUAUAGAGUUUUCAAUACACAAUUGUCCUAAGUUGAUCAGUGAAUUAUCUAUCCGCUCCCCAAUCCUAACAAAGCUUAACAUUUCCGAAUCCAAUCAAGUUAGGCUGUUACUGCAAGGACUUCCUUGCAUUCAGGGGUUGAAGAUUCCAAAUAUUCCAAAUUUGACGGAAUUGCCGCAGCAAAUGCAACACCUGUCUUCUCUACAGCAAUUGGAGAUUUCAGGGAUGUCAAACUUGAAGGAAUUGCCACAGGAGUUGUGCAGAUUAGUAAAUCUUGAAAGGUUGAAGAUAGAGGAAUGCCCGAGGCUUGUGUCAUUUCCAGACAUGGGGCUGCCGCCGAAGCUUAAGACGCUAAAGAUCAGCAGUUGUGAAGGUCUACAGUCCCUAGCAUCAGAGGAAAUCAUCAACAAUUGUCUUGAAGAGUUGCGUAUCUCUGAUUGUUCAUCUCUUCUUCAGGUGUCUUUUCCUAUCGCUACAUUGAAAAAACUUGGCAUCAAACGUUGUAAAGCUCUACAGUCCCUAGCAGCAGCAACAGUACCAUCAGAGGAAAUCAUUAAUAUUCGUCUUGAAGAGUUGCACAUCUUUAAUUGUUCAUCUCUUGUUAAGGUGUCUUUGCCCAUCGCUACAUUGAAAACACUUGACAUCUCCUCCUGUAGGAUAUUAGAGUUUCCCCUGUCCGAGGAGAUGAAGGAGUAUAAUUACUCCACAUCCAUUGAAGUUUUGAGUAUUAAUGAAAGCUGUGAUCUUCUCAAGUCGCUGUGGUUAGGCUUCUUUCCAAAGCUUCGUGAUCUCUACAUCAACUCGUGUAUGGAUUUGGAGACGCUCUUGAUCCCAACCAUGCUUCAACAUCUGAUAACGCUUGAAAUAGUGAAUUGCCCUAAAAUGGUAUCCUUUCCCCAUGGUGGUGGAGAUGGAGGAGGAUUAUUGGCCAUUCCCAAUCUCAUGGAUUUGAGAAUCUGGGGUUGCAAGAAUCUGAAGCGGCUACCGCAUCAAAUGCACACCCUCCAAUCUCUUAAUACUUUUCAGAUACAAGAAUGUCCGGAAGUUGAAUCAUUUCCAGACGAAGGUUUGCCAUCCAACUUAAGGAGACUUCGUAUCAUUAAUUGCAAUAAACUGAUGAAGGGCCGGAUGAGGUGGGAUUUGCAGCAAAAACUCCCGUCUCUUGAAGAAUUCUGGAUCAAAAGUGAAAAUGAAGAAGAAGAGUUGGAGUCAUUUCCGGAGGAGUGCCUGUUGCCCACCACUCUUACUGGACUUCACAUCUGGAACCUUUCAAAUCUGAAAGCACUGAACCACAAGGGCCUUCAACACCUCACCUCUCUUACAAACCUAUCCAUCUAUGAUUGCCCUAAGCUCCAGUCCUUGCCAGAAGAGGGGCUGCCCAACUCCCUCUCUUACCUGGCCAUAUUCAGAUGUCCAUUGCUGGAACCACGUUGCCAAAGGGAGAAAGGGGAAGAUUGGUCCAAGAUUUCCCGAAUCCGCCGCAUACAGCUCGAUUUUGGACAAGACAUAAUAAACUUAGAGUGAGAAUGAUUGAGUGGUUUGUAAUCGUCCAGAAAAACCGAAUCAGGUACUUGUUCUACACUCCCUGCAACUUAACCAAACUUGUUUCUUUCUUCUAUCCAUUGAAUUUCUAUUAUGUUACGGGUACAGGAAUAAGUUGUUGUGGAAGUGCUUCUAUUCAUUGAAUUUCUAUUAUGUACGUGGUGGAAGUGCUAUUAUGUUACGGGUACAGGAAUAAGUUGUUGUGGGCAGCUUUGUGACUAUACAAGGCCACCAAAUCACGGAUCCUCUCAAUGUUCUCUAUUCCUUGUUAAUUGCUUUCUAUCCAAAGUUGUUUUCUUAUAAUUUUUUAUUGAAAUCCUCUUCUCUUUUUCCUUCA